CGAGGUUAUUCAAAACCAUUGGUUCCUCCUUUCGGUUUUGAUGCGUAAUUGGGUUUUUGAAAAACACGUCGCUGGUUUAUAAAUUGAAGCAGUCCUGAGUCGGCGGAAGCAGUACGAGACCAGGACUCACUAUGGGCCAUGAAGGUCCAGACUCCAAGGGGUUCGUCUACUUUUUAAUAAAGGAUUAUUUAACGUUUGCGCUGGAAGGAUCCCAGUCGGCUCCUGCAACGAACAGCGUGGCGAAAACUCUGCGCAAGGCUGCCACCUUCUUACAGGGAAUUAAGAAGCAGGAAUUCGAACUCUGCAUCAACAAACUCAACGUCGGCUCAAUAGAGGCGGCGAAGCGAGCGCUCCCCGUUCUGCUGAGGGAGGUUUACUCAGAUGGGACUGAUAACUGGGGCAGGCUUGUGGCUUUGUACGUUUUUUGUGGAGUGUUAGUCAGGCACUUGAGAAGGAACGACAUUCCAGAGGAAGAACUGGUUGAGGAAAUAGCUGAGUGCGUGGCCCAAUACACCUGGACUCACAAAGCUGCCUGGAUCAAGGAGAACGGUGGCUGGGAGAAAGGGUUUGUGGAAUACUUCCAGCACGACAACCCCGGGUUUGUGAAAUACUUCCAGCAAAAAAGCCCCCUAUUGUCUUAUGCAAAGCUAGCUGCUAUCACAGGGAUCGUUGCUGCAUUUUCCUUUGUGAUCUACCAGCACUGAAAACAGUGAGAAACACCAAAAACUCUACAUGUGGGAAGCCAGAACAGCACACGAACAUUGAGCCUUGAAGUGAGAACCUUGUACUGGACUUGGUCUAAUUGAUCUUUUGUUGAGCUUUUUGAAUCAAAGCAAAUACAAAAAGUUGAGAUAUAGAAAACCCUGAAUUAUAUUAUAAUAAAUAGAAUGCACAUUAUUAAUUUAAA